AUGGGUGAACGAAUCUACCACGGAGCCCAUUCCUGUUCUGGCACCAACUUCAGGAAAUGCCAGGAUUUAGGAGAUUCAAUUCUUCUGAUUCUGGGCACCUUCAUCUUGCUCAACGUGGGAAUCAAUGUGGUGACUCUGCUCUGGAAGCAUCUGAAGGGCUCUUUGAGGAUUCUUUUCCAUCACUAUUUCCCCAAAGAUACCAAGAACCUGUAUUCAAGAAUCCCUGCCCGAUUCCACCACCGUCCCAGUUUCCUACCAGGGCAUGUCAAUCACCUUGACUCUUGGAUACCAGACACAAAUGAUGAGAACAUUUCUAGGUGCUGCUGGAUGCCACCCCAGUGUGGGCAUGGCAGAGUGCCCACGGAAGCCCCAUGGGAACUGUGGAAAGAAGGGCUGGUGGGAGCUGGAGAAGCCCCUCAGGCCACAGCCAUGAAGACUCAAGCACCUUCCUUUGCCAGGCCAGAGGUUUCUCCCCAGAUUCCAAAGAUAAGCAAGCUGAACAUGGGUCCACCCUCUUCACCCCAAGCCAACAAGACUAAGGCACCAGUUGACAGUCCAUCCCAUGCUCCGGCCCAGGCUCUAACUUAUACCUCAACCAACACCCAUGAGCACCCCUCCACCCAGUCCCAGACUCAGACCUCGGAGCACUCUGAAUUCAGGGCACAGGGUGUCAAGCAUACCUUAGCCCAUGCACCGCCAUCCCGUGAAUCAGACUUUGUCCCAGCCCUCAGUGAAGUCCCCAAACCAGUCAAGGCUCCAUCUCCAACCUCAUCCCGUCAACCAGCCCCCACCCCACCCUAUCCCCCCAUCCAGUCCCCAAAUCAUAGUCAAUCCCAUGCCUUGGGUCAGGCCAAGUCCCGUACCCUGCCCUCUAGUCCACUCCAGGUUCCAGCCCCAACCCCAGCCCAGGGUUUAGCCCACAGCCCUAAGCGAAACUCAGUCCGCACAUCACGACAACCCCCAACCAAGUCUCCCACAUAUGCUUCCUACCAAUCCCAAGUCCACAAUCCAGUCCGAAUCCCAGUACAGACCUUGACCCACUCCCAAGGUGAUGUCCCUAAAGAAACAUCUCAAGUCUUAGCACAUGCCCCACGCCAUUCUCCAAUUCAUUUAUAUGCCCGUACCUCAGUGCCCACCCCAACCUCUGCCCCAGCUCCUGCCCCAACCUUUACCCCAGCCACUUGUGUUCUGGCCCCUGUCCCAACCUGUGCCCCAGCCCCUGCCCUAGCACUGUCCAUGACCAUGACUACUCCAGCACCUGCUCAAGUUCCGACCACCACCUCUACCCCUAUCCUAUCUGCUGUUCCUUCUAUGGUGGCUACUUUUGGCCCCAACUUUUCCACUGGCCAUAUGGUCUAUGACGCCCGAAGGGUGAAGCAGAACACCUUCCCUAAACCCAGCUCCCAGGACUCGAGGUAUUUCAGGAAGGACUUGAACAUCCUCUCCAGACCCCAAGAGGUGACGGGCCUGGUGAAUUCUGGUUCUGCUGAGCAAACACCAAAGCAGCAUGGUGGAGACAGUGCUGAGCCUCCUUCAGGGCCUAGGCUGGGCUACCUGGAGUUGGGGAACAUGGAAUGGAAGAUCUCAGAGAAUGCCAAAGAUAAGUUCUCCCAGCCCAAGACCUUCCCUUACAGCAACACUCAUCCUUGCUGUUCUGAGAGGAAAACUGAGGCAGCCCAGGCUCCGCUGUACCACCAGUACCUGGUCUAUGCCCAGGAUGCUAUGCCCUCGAAACCCUGCCUUCACUCUCCCAGCACUACUCAGAGCACACUGCCCACUGUCCCUCCACCAUGUACUCUCUCUCUGCCGCUUGUGUCUCCCAGAACAUUUGCUGUGUCUCAGUCUAACCAUCAGAAGCUUUCCAAUUUGACUCAAGCCCCCUCCUUUCUCUCAACUCCCAAUUCUCCUCAGACGGCCUCCUCUUCGCACUUCUCUAUCCCUUCUCAGUUCUCCACCAUUUCUCAGUCCUUAAUCCAACCUCCAAACCCUGAGAAUCAAAACCUUAACCAAGGCCCUGGCCUUCAAAAGACUCCAUCCCUUGCCAAGGAUUCUGGUGUUCCCAAGAAUACAGGCCUUACACAAGAUAUAGGACUCCGGAAAAACCCAAGCCUUAACCCAAAUCCAGGACUCCAGAAAAACCCAGGCCUUACCGAAGAUCCAGGCAUCCACAAGAACCCAAGCCUUACCCCAAAUCCAGGAUUCCAGAAGAACCCAGGUCUUACCCAAGAUCCAGGCCUCCACAAGAACCCAGGGCUUACCCUGACCCCAGGCGUCAACAAGAACUUGGGUUUCUACAAGUUUCCAAACCAUACUCAAGAUCUUUACCUCUGCAUGACUCCAAACAGUUCUCAAGAUUCUUGCCUUCAAAAGAAUCUAGAUAUCCCUCAGGAUUCUGGCCUAAGGAGUCCAGCUGCCAUCCAAGAUGCCAGCAUUCUUAGCAAUCAUCCAGCCUUAGGUGCUGCUUCUGGCCAGAGGACUUUGAGCUUUAUGCAAGACUCUCUGGUCUACAGGAAUGCUCCAUUAAACCAAGAUACUGUAAUCAACAAAAAUAAAGACCCCUCCCUAGCGACCAACUAUAAGAGGCCAGACCCCUGUCAAGAUUCUGGAGGUAAUAAUGUCACAGAAAAUGUACAACAUCCAGAAGUCUGCAGGAAUGUAGGCCUUACCCAAGACUCUAGACCACAGAAGAACCGGCACCAUACAGAAGAUUCUGAAGUUAACAAAAGCUCAGAGCUUACCCAGGAAUCUGGUCCCCAUAAGAGCCUAGGUCUUGCCCAAACUUCUUGCCUCCAUAAGAGCUCAGGUCUCACACAAGACUCAGGAGACUACAAGAAUCUAGGCCUUAUCCAAGAUUCUGGAAUCUGUAGAGGCCCAGAUCUUAUCCAAGACUCUGACUCCUACAAGAGUAGUAGCCUUGUCAAUGCCACUGAAACCGAAAAAAGAUCCGACCUUAACCAAGAUGUCAGCAUUUACAGUUCAGAACAUAGCCAAAGCUCUAACCUUCAGGAAAGCCCAACAACUGAGCAAGAUCCCUGUCCUCAUCAGGAUCCAGCACUUGGCCGGGGCUCCAGCUUCAAGCCUCCAGGCCUUACCCAGCAAGCUAGCCCCUGCAAGGACUCAGGCCUUAUCCUAGACCCUGGCCUCGCCAAAAGGCUAAGCUAUGUUCCAGAAUCUGUGGGUACAGAUUCUACCCAAAUCUCGGGCUCACUUCAGUCAGUAAUGCUAACACCUUCCCCAGUGAAACCCUUUGUAUGUAAGAUGGCUUCUCAAAAGGACAAUACGGAGCAACACUUACCCUGGACCUCUGUCCCCGUCAAUCAAAACUCCUGCCCUUCCAAGGCCCAAGUGAUCUCUGCGGACCUGAAAACUUUUUCAGAGGUUCCUGUACUGAUUGAACUACAGUCCCCCUCCCGGCGGUUAGACAGCCAAGACUGGGUAUACCACCCCGUAGAUACAGGUCCUCCAGCUUGCCAGAAGUAUCGCCAGAUGUCGAUGCCUCCCAAAAUCAACUGGAAGCCCCAUUGCCCUGGACCAGGCACCCGGUCAGGUCAUGUGGUCUUUGACUCCCGCCAGAAACCAUUAGUAACUGGCAGAGAAAAGUGCGAAGCUCUAUCUUCCAGGCGCUUCCGUCAAGAGACACCCAGAAACUCUGAGGAGACCCAGAAGGAGUGGGGAUAUCAAAAUGUGCUGAGGACCUUCAACAAAGAGGGGACAAAUACGCGUCGGGAAUAA